AUGAAUUUGAGUUUACAGGUUCCUAUACCAUCCUGGUAUGCUUGGCCGAACGGGAGCCCAGGUCUGCACGACAGAGGUGGUCUUUGGCAGCUAAUCACUGCCAAUUCUACGUGUGCAGUUACUUUGAUUGCGAAUAACCAUGAUAACGCCAAUCUUCAGUACGAUUCUUACCUAGUUCUUCCAACAAACUGGGCAAAGGAUGGUUACGUCUAUGCGUUUACGCUUCCAAGAGAAAGUUAUGUAGACCAAAGUCAGCAGAUCACAAUUAUUCCUACGGAAAAAGACGUUAGAGGAGUACUGAACGAUGGAGGUGGCUACUCAGUGAUUUUCACAGCAAAACUCGUUGGCCCAACUACUUAUUACACGAAACUAUAUCCCGUAACGACGACUUAUAACAUAAUAGCUGACGGUCCAAUAUUGGUGAGUUUUUUGUUGGAAACAUGCAGAAAGCAGAAAUAGGC